AUGUCCUGGUUUUCAAGGAAAAGCACCCCUCAAAUCCAGACAUCGGACCCCAGACUACCCCCCGAAUUGGAACGGUACAUUUUCGAGAUGUAUGCACUCGAAUAUGCCGACCCGGAGCGCAUCCUGCAGCUCCUUCCCGUCUGCCAUCGGGUACGAGUUCAGCUCGAACCAGCACUCUGCCGCACACGCAUAUUCAACGACGGAUCCGAUGAGCAGAGACUUCCCACCUGCGAGAUAGAUGUGAUUGACCGUCUGUCUACUGCCUAUCCAGGCGCCCUCCAGAACAUUGUGAAGAACAUCAUGCUGAUCGGCGAAAGGCGAGAUACUGUGGAGCGGAUGCUGAGGAGCUGCAAUGGGGCAGAGAAUGUGUUCCUCGCUGGAUGCGCCACUCGUGGGCUUGAUCUAUCGCUAAUUUCGCCGUCCCUCCGGCAUUUUCAUUGUACUGCGGAGACCUUGGAACUGCUCAAUUGGAAACCAGAAGCUCUGACGCAUCUCGAACUGUUCAACAUUGACGGUCAUUCCCACGGCCGCGUACCUCAGACCCUUCUCCGCCUGCUGAGCAGAAAGCACUUUCCACGUCUGGCACAUCUUGCCAUAAGCGCCACGUCUGUAAUCCGCUACCAGCCCGAGGUCAUUCCGCACUUGCAAAACCUGGAGAGCAUCUUCAUCAGACUAGUUCUGGUCUCUGUUUCUGAUUACGUCGAAGACUGGCAAGAUGGGGUGUUGACUGCGAACGACUUCUGGGCAAGGGCAGCACGAAGAAUCGCGAAUCGAUUAUCCGGCGCAGUGGAU